CUGCUGCUGCCAUGGAUGUCACACCAAUGUGGUGGUUCUUUAUCUCUUGACAUUAUAUUAUUAACUGUCGCCUGGUCCCCCCCCGUUUUAUACAUUUUUUUUCCAUCAUCACAGCUUUAUCAACAUCACACAUCUGAGUCUUACCUCUACCAAACCAACUGCACAUGAUAAGCUGCUCAAAGUGCCGCUGCUGCUAUUGCUGCUGCCGCCGCCGCUGCUCCUGCUGGACCUUUAAUGUGAAAUUUGUUCCCAUCUGAAAAUGCUUGAUGUGUACAAUAUUCUUCCUCAUGUGACCAGCCUUCCGUUACCAUUUCGCAUCAUUGGACACCUUCUGCGCAUAGUAUGGAUGGUUCUAACCACAAUCUAUGCCAUUCCGCCAUAUCUUGUCUGGACAUUCCUUGUAUUUCCUCUUCGAUUCUUUUAUUUGGAUUUCUACUGGAUGAUCGAGGGUUUCCUCUUUAGUGGAUUAUUGGCCAUAAUAAGUUCCUGGCUUAUCACAGGACAAUAUCAAAUUAUCGAGACCGGUGAUGACAUCAAUUACAUCCUGGAUGAGAACGUGCUCCUCAUUGCCAAUCACCAGUCCACUGCCGACGUACCAGCGUUGAUGGACCUGAUGCACAGCAAGGCCAACUUGUCCAAGCGGGUUAUGUGGAUUAUAGACAGUACCUUUAAAUAUACUCACUUUGGACUUGUUUCGAAUCUCAGAGGAGAUUUUUUUAUCACUCAGGGAAAAGAUGCUCGUGACAGCACCCUACAACAGUUGCGUUCCCACUUAAGGAGCACCUUCCAUACGAUACCUCGGAAAUGGCUUGUUUUGUUUCCUGAAGGAGGUUUUCUACGCAAGAGAAAACUUGCAAGUCAAAGAUAUGCAAAGAAACAAAAUCUACCAGUUCUGGAGAAUAUUACAUUGCCAAGAGUUGGUGCAAUGCAAGUGAUUUUGGAAGAAAUGGCUGAAAGGAAAACAGUUGCCAACAACAAUUCCAUUAAUAAUGAUCCCAAAUUCAAGUAUGUUGUGGAUGUCACUAUCGCAUAUCCUAAAGGUCGGCCUCUUGAUAUCCAUGGUAUUGGUAUUGGCUAUUGGCCCCCCUGUCAUAUCCUUAUGCAUUAUCGGAUAUACCCUGCCAACAAGAUCCCUGUCGACAACAAAGGACUCACAGACUGGAUGAAUGAACUGUACAUUGAAAAGGAGAAGAUGUUGGGCAACUACUACAAGCAUGGGGUCCUCUUAAGCAUGACGGACCAGCAGAAGCGGGACUUUCCAAGAAUUGGGGCUCGGCAGAUUUCUCCUGACUUGCUCGGUGACCUUUUAUAUCACACGUUUUAUAUUGUCUCUGCGUAUAUCCAGUACACUGUCAUUUCUUCGAUAUUACGCAACUGGUGGUAGCAGUUGAUUGUUAUUAUAAAUGGCUUACUUUCAUGCACACACACACACACACACACACACACA